GACCGGAAACUGUGUGGUUGUUUCCGCAGACUUGUUAGCUGCUCGUGUGACCUGCCGGUGUCCUCCAACACUCGAGACUUGACAGCCGGUCAUUUAAGGACAAGAUCACCUGAAUCAUGGUUUUCGAGGAGAAGAUGAUCAUGAACGGAGAGCCCGACGAUGAGGAGGAAGAAGAAGAGGAGGAGGAAGAUGAAGAAAUGGUGGAUCCUCUUGAUGUGAUGCGACAGAAGUGUGAGGAGGCGGAGCAUUGCGUUCAGACUCGGUCGCGUCUGGAGGAGUGUGAGACCAGAGUUGGCUCUCGGUCUAUGACAGCGGAGGAUUGUACUGAGGAGCUGUUUGACUUCCUACAUGCUCGGGACCACUGUGUGGCGCACAAACUGUUCCAUUCAGUCAAAUGAAGUUGUCCCCGAUCGUUGCAAAACUGGCUGAUGACAUUCUUCAAAUAUUGUAUUAUGUAGAGUAUAUGGUUUUAAAUGCAUCCAUAUGUGGAUCUGCUGUAUGUUAAAUGUAUGCUAUACUGUAUCUGCAAAUGAGAUAAAACGAAGUAUUUAACAAGGUAGUCUGAGUCGACAUUUCAUUAAAGUGGAUGGCUUGAAAACCUUCA